AUGUUCAUCAACGGCUUCGACCCGAGUUUUCUAGAGAUCAACACCCCCAGGAUGACGCUGAACAUAUCGUACGAUGAGCUGGAGAGGAUGGUGGCGGAAUUUAGCCCGCCCGUACGUGACGACUACAUCCCGAUGUCGAGUCUGAGUGAUUUGCACACCCAUCGACAGUUCACCAAAGUCUAUGGACGAGAUGAUUCGAGGAAAUUAACGCUCCAGAAAUAUGUCUUUUUCCUGGCUGUCACGGACUUUUUAGUGUUGAUCCAAAUCCCGAUCUUUUUCCCCUACCUCUACUACGGGGAAUGGCUGUACGGGCUGACGACGUGUAAAUUAUUCUGGUUCGCUGAUGUCGUCAACAAAACACUGUCGAUACAUAUCUUGGCUGGAAUGGCUUUGGAAAGGUACCUUAUCGUCAAAAGUUCGGUUUACGGGAAGCAGCGACGAAUUGUUUCCCUGGUAUUACUGCUGCCCAUCGUCCAAUUCGCCGAGAUCCAAGUGACGGUGGUCGGGGAGAAUACAAAGUUUCACAACUGCGUGGUGCCAAUGCCGGAAGUGGUGAAUACGGUCUAUAGGUGGUACCUAUUCUUCGUGUCAUUUCUCGUCCCGGGGCUCAUCGUCCUCUUUUCCUAUAUAUCGUUACUUGCCAUGCUUCGACAGCGAUAUCGUUUGACGCAUAUGCAAGAGAAUUCGAAGACGCAGCUGGUUCAGAAGGUCAGCAAAUCCAUCUUCUACAUCACCGCCUUCCAUUUCCUGAGCUCUACGCCCUUCUGGCUGACCCACAUCCUACCCGGGUUCUCUGAUUUGCUCGAAGACGACUACCCCAAUGGCUACUUCCGGUACAAAAUGUUUGUGCUCCUGAUGCCGUACCUGAACUCGGCAACGAACUGGUGCUUCUACGCGAUGCUGACGCAACGACUCCGGAAACAAAUCUUUCGCAGAUCAAGCAGCAAUUACACUACGAUCAAGCAUGGCCGCCCUGCUAGCGAUUCGGCUCGACCAACGACGAGACCCAUUUACAAAUAUAUCAUGCAGUUUUCA